AUGCCGGUCGAUCUGUCGCUGUACCUGGUCACGGACUCCACGCCAGCCAUCCUCAAGGGCCGCGACCUGUGCUCCGUCGUCGACGAAGCUCUCAAGGGAGGUGUCACUAUUGUGCAAUACCGGGACAAGACCAGCGAUACUGGUGUUCUGAUCGCCACAGCUAAGAAACUCCACCAAAUCACUCAGAAGUACGGCGUUCCACUUCUAAUCAAUGACCGAGUGGAUGUGGCCCUUGCUGUCGGUGCAGAGGGUGUGCAUCUGGGUCAAGAUGAUAUGAGAUUUGAAGCCGCAAAGAAGCUUCUGCCCAAGGACGCCAUCAUUGGUAUCAGUACUUCUUCGGUGGAAGAGGCCCAAAAGGCUAUUGAUGAUGGAGCCGACUACUUGGGCAUUGGAACAUUGUUUGCCACCCCGACCAAGACAAACACCAAGUCUGUUAUUGGUACAGCAGGUACUCAGGCCAUCUUAAGUGCUAUCAGCGAUUCCUCCGUAGGCACUGUCGCCAUCGGGGGUAUCAACCACUCCAACGUGCAGCGCGUCCUUUACCAGUCCAAGUUUCCCAAGAAGGGACUGGAUGGCGUCGCUAUUGUUAGUGCGAUCAUAGCCGCUGAGGACCCCAAGGCGUCAGCAGAAAAGUUCGCCAAGCUGAUUAAGACUCCUCCCCAAUUUGCAUUGACCACUCAACCUGCGCGGGCGAACGAGGCCGAAGCCCUACUGCAAGAAGUGCCGGCCAUCGUGCGCAAGAUGACUGAAGUGCACCCACUUGUCCACAACAUGAUCAACUUCGUUGUGGCUAACUUUGUUGCCAAUGUUGCUCUCUCAAUCGGCGCCUCGCCUAUCAUGGCCCCCUACGGAGACGAAGCUAAGGACCUGUGCAAAUUUGACGGUGCUCUGCUUAUCAACAUGGGCACGUUGACCAGUGAAAGUGUAGCCAACUACCAGAAGGCCAUCCAAGCGUACAACGAGCGCGGCAACCCGGUAGUCUAUGACCCGGUGGGUGCAGCCGCGACUGAAAUUCGCCGGAACGCCGUUUCAACCCUCAUGGCGAGCGGAUAUUUUGAUCUGAUCAAGGGCAAUGAGGGCGAGAUUCGCCAAGCCUGGGGAAGCAGUGUGGUGCAGCAGCGGGGAGUCGAUAGUGGACCUAGCACAAUGGAUGGCCAACAAAAGGCUAAGCUCGCGCGUGACUUGGCCCGGCGAGAACGGAACCUGGUCUUGCUGACUGGCGCUGUCGACUACCUGAGCGACGGUGAGCGCGUAAUCGCUGUGGAGAACGGCCACCCAUAUCUCGGCCAGGUGACAGGGACCGGCUGCGCCGUCGGCUCCAUUUCAGGUUGCUUCUUGACUGCACACCGCUCCGACAAGCUCCUCGCCGUGCUCUCCGGACUCCUGAUGUACGAGAUUGCGGCUGAAAACGCUGCGGCCAAGGAAUAUGUCCGUGGACCAGGCAGCUUUGUUCCCGCCUUCCUUGAUGAACUGUAUGCGAUCCGUACCGCUGCGGCUAGGGGUGAUGAUGGCUGGUUUGUGGGGCGCGCUAAGGUGUAUGAGGUCAAGAUAUAA